UGAAUCGCAGGUGGCCAGACGCUAGUGGAGCACACACACAUACAGACGGAGGGUAUAAAGGAUGAUAUCGCUGUGCCGUCGGCAGUGCGCCGGCCAGAACUGCAGCUCGCAGCGUCACCACACAAACUGCCAAAAUGUGGAAGACUCUGCUCUUGGUGAUUGGCGCCCUUUUCGUCUGUGUGGCCUCAGGUGCCAAGAUUUCGGCCACGUCGCCGUUCCCCGACUUUGACUGUCCCUCCGAGUACGGCUGGUUCCCGGACCCCGACGACUGUCACAGCUUCUUCGAGUGCAACUACAACUAUCCCUUCCACUUCACGUGCCCGGACGGCCUCGCCUGGAACGACGCCGCGCACCAGUGCGACCGCGACGAAUCUUGCAAAUGAGAAAAGGACAAGACCAUGAAAGACCCGACGCCGGAAGUAUUGCCUACAAUGUAUGAUGCCUUUGCAGAGGCCAUCAGCUCCAGAGACGAUCGGAGGCAAGAGACUGCGCCAGCAUUCAGAUCGAUGGAGAUCGUGUUUGAACACAUUGUUGAAGUUAUAACUGAUGUAACAGCUUUAUAAAUAAAUUCUUCGAAAGAAAUGAUGGAGUAAAAUCACCAAAAUACACGGAACAUACCACAAGCAUGAG